AUGCAGAGCCAAAAACCUGAAAAGUGGUCGAAUGACCAAAUAGAAAUUUUGAUUGAUGCAUAUAAAGAAGAGCUCUGCUUAUUUGCAACAAAUCUAGCCACGUAUCACAAUAAGCACUUAAGAGCGGAUGCUAUGGAACGUGUGUAUAAAGCUGUGUUGAGUUUAAGGCCAUCAACUAGUAUGAAAGAAUGUUCGACAAAAUUCCAUAACCUACGAAACCAAUUCAACAUUGAAAAUGCCAAAGUAAAAACUUCGUUCAAAAGUGGGACUGGUACUGAUGACAUUUACAAACCAUCCUUAUGGUAUUAUGAAAAACUUUUAUUUCUGGAUCCUUAUGUGACACCCCGUAAAAGCCGGAAUUCAAUGGAAAACGAAGUAAAAAAACCAGAUUCACCAUGUGAGGUAGGUACAUUGGGAUUGAAAUUAGUAUUUUGA